AUUCAUCAAGUAGUCCUGUGCCCUCCACACGCCUUAUCUGAGUGUAUCACUAUUAUAUUCUCCCUUCUUAUUGUCUUUCUUAGCCAUAAGGUAAGUCAUAUUAUUAUAUAUACUAGGUGUUGUGACCAUGAAGCUGAAAAUUCCGAGGUGGGUGGUGUUCCUAGUGGUGUUGUUUUACAGCUUUUCAAACGUUGUUAUUGCUACCGCUCCAAUUACGGAAGCAACACUUAAACAAGUUGCUGCUUCUCUGCAAAUGUAUGUUGAUGAACUUCCCAUAUUGCCAAAGCUGUUGGGUUAUACUCCGAGUCUGAGAGGACCGAAACCUGCCACACUUACCAUUGGGAUGUACCAAAAGUUUUGGAAAUUUCAUCGGGAUUUACCUGCAACAAGAAUUUUUGCUUAUGGAACAUCAACAUCUAAGGCUACAAUACCAGGACCAGUAAUCGAGGCGGUUAAAGAUGUAACGACUUAUGUGACAUGGGAAAAUCACCUCCCUAAAAGACACAUACUUCCAUGGGAUCCAACCAUUGCCGCCGCUAUCCCCAAACACGGUGGUGUGCCCACGGUGGUCCACCUCCACGGUGGCAUCCACGUGCCGCAGAUGGACGGCCACGCCAUGGCUUGGUUCACGGCCGGUUUUGGUAAAAGGGGGCCCACUUGGUCACGGAAAACCUACGUGUACCCUAACGUACAACAUGCAGGGAACUUGUGGUACCAUGACCACGCCCUUGGUUUGACCCGGCUAAACCUCCUAGCCGGUUUGAUUGGUCCGUAUGUCAUCACAGAGCCGGGUUUGGAGUCAAAGUUUAACCUCCCUUCUGGCCCGGAAUUCGACCGGCAUCUCAUGAUUUUCGACCGUAGUUUCUACAAAGACGGCUCGUUGUUCUUGAACCGGACCGGAAUCAAUCCGACGAUUCACCCACAAUGGCAGCCGGAGUAUUUUGGCGAUGCUAUAAUUGUGAACGGCAAAGCGUGGCCGUACCUCCGAGUCCAGCCUAGAAAGUACCGGUUCAGAAUCAUCAACGCCUCAAACGCUAGAUACUUCCGGUUCACCUUAACCAACGGCCUCUCUUUCACGGUGGUCGGCUCCGACACAUCGUACCUACCGUCGCCGGUGACGUCGUCAAGUAUUACAAUCGCACCCGCCGAGAUCAUGGACGUCGUCGUCGACUUUUCCAAAGCCAAAGCGAGUGAAUCAGAGUUAACAAACGACGCACCCUAUCCCUACCCUAACGGAAAUCCCGUGGAUCAGCUGAACAGCAAGAUCAUGAAGUUCAUCAUUACUCCCGCCGGCGACCCAACUCCGGCCGAAAAAUCCCAAAUCCCCCUGACCCUAAAAACCUACGCGGCCGCCACCCCGACGGCCGCCAUGGUCCGGAGGUACAUAGUGAUGUACGAGUACCAAAGCGCGACGGGGAACCCGACGCACCUUUAUAUCAACGGGAAGAGGCUCACGGACCCGGUGACGGAAACGCCGAAGAGCGGGUCGACGGAGGUGUGGGAGGUGAUCAAUCUAACCAACGACAACCACCCUCUCCACAUCCAUUUAGCGGAGUUCCAAGCCGUGAAAAUCCAGCGGCUGGUGGAUUUGGCGGCGUUCACGACGUGCAUGCAGGCCAAGAACGACGCCGCCGCAUGCAAUGUGGGCAGCCAUGCAACCGGGAGCUUGAUAGACGUGCCGGCGUACGAGAAGACAUGGAAGAACGUGGUGAAGAUCCAACCCGGCUACCAAACCACAGUUGUCGUUAAGUUCAACCUCGUAGAAAACGACGCACCUUAUCCCUUCGAUGCCACGGGCUCUCCGGGGUUUCUCUACCACUGUCACAUUCUUGAUCAUGAAGACAAUGAAAUGAUUCGCCCCUUCAAGCUGGUGAAUUAACGCCGCAGAAAUAAAUAAAUAAAGCAAAGACUUUUCUACUCUUUUUCCCUUUGUGCAAUUGUGCAGUGCCCACUCAUACGUACUUUGUAUUAUUCAAAUGUAAGAUUGUCUGUCGGAAAGAGCCUGUUUUUUUUCUAGAUAUAUUGUAAAAUUGUUUGAGCAAUAGAAUAUUUAACAGAAUAAAGUCCAUGGUUGAGAGCA